AUGACUUCCCUGAUGGAGCAACCCUACAACAGCCUGGCCACACAGCAUCAGCUCAAGGACGACUUUACUUGCUAUCCAGAGCCUCCUCAAAACACGUUUUCGUCCUCGUCACUUGAUCUUGAUGCUGCAUUCCCUGCCGCCACCGCAUCCAUGAGAUUCGAGCCCUCGUUGUAUACCCAAACCACGAGCUAUCUUGUCAACCACCACACGUCGCCCGUUGCUUACACAGAUGAAGGUGACAACAGACUGUCAUCAUCUGGUCUCUCAUCGAACUCUAUACCCUCGGUUCCAUCAUCCGUCGUCGGUUCCCCGCUAUCGAAUCACGAGCAGCUUGGGAUUUCUGAAUGGAGUGGUCACCCAAACCAAUGUCAGCCUGGAAUUGUUGGAAGCGACUACAUGUCAUCCGCUGAUUACUUCCACGGAGGUGUCAUGGACGACUUUCACGGCUUUGACUUCCACACCCAACCGAAGUCGUAUGUUGAUCCUUCUCUGAUUCAUCCCGAGAUGGCCCGGCCACCGAUGCCCAUGUCCCCUUUUGAUGGCCACUACCAGCACGCUCCAGCGCAUCCUUUCGCCCCCUCACCCUCGAUAUCGUCAUCACCGCAACCAAACAUGGUCAGGGCCAGCAGCACUUCACCGUUCCUUCACAGCAGCUCGUUCGGCACUGGGUACGGCGCGAGCCCCUACGGUGCUCCCUUGGACCCGAGCGGUCGCCGGGUUAGCACGGUCAGCUUCAUUUCUCCCGGAGCAUCUGCAGACUACAGCGGCGACGAGAUGAAGGAAAAGCAAAGAUGCACAUACCCCGAAUGCGGCAAAGUGUUCAAAGACUUGAAGGCACACAUGCUUACGCACCAGACUGAGAGGCCGGAGAAAUGCCCCAUUCAGACUUGCGAGUACCACAUCAAAGGAUUCGCGCGCAAGUACGACAAGAAUCGGCACACCUUGACGCACUAUAAAGGGACCAUGGUCUGCGGCUUCUGUCCUGGGUCCGGGUCUCCGGCGGAGAAGUCGUUCAACCGUGCCGACGUCUUCAAGCGACAUCUCACGGCUGUUCAUGGUGUUGAGCAAACGCCACCCAACAGUCGCAAGAAGACGCCGUCGGGUAUGACGACGGGAAAGAAGCUUAGCGGCUAUGCCCCUGAUGCUACUGGAAAAUGCAGCACCUGCUCAAAGACCUUUUCCAACGCGCAAGACUUUUACGAGCACUUGGACGACUGUGUUUUGCGCAUUGUGCAACAAGAGGAUCCCGCCGAGGCCAUCAACGCACAGCGCUUGGCCGAGGUGGAGAAUGACAAGACUGUGCACCACACAUUGGAAAAGAACCACUUGCCGACGGCCACGCCAACCAUGCGAGCUCCCGACGACGAUGAGGAGGAUGAUUUGGACAUGGCUGACGAGGAGGAAGCGGAUGACGCCACACCAAGGACCAGAUCGUCCCCCCCGAGCAAGAAGAAGGGCAACGGUGCCAACGGCGUGCAAAAGUCGGGUGGCCUGACUCACUCACGCGGAGGUGUUUCCAUGCCCACCAAAUCGCGAGGGCGGAAGAACCGCCGAGACUAUCCGUCAUCGUGGGGGUUUGACAAGGGUCAAAUGACGAUGAGAAAGCGCAUCAUGGCCGUCUUUGAUGGUCAGCGAAGACUUGCCAAGGACGACAUGAUGCUGUCGACGGAUCACGAGGUUCGCAUCAAGCUGUCAGACGGCAAGUCGUACGUGACGGACUUGGAUGUGCAAACCCUUAAGCGCGCCGAGGGAUUCCAUGGUGCGACUGAUGAGGAGAAAGGACCCUGGGUUUCAGACGAUCCUACCGAGGAGCAACUGAAGGAAAUGCAGGAAAUGCUGAAGACCACUGCAUCUUCAGCCUAG